GCUUUCGGCCGCGUACUUCCGCUUCCGGUUCUCAGCGUAGACCCUGGUCCUGGUUCUGCUCUCCAGCGAGGAGGUUGUGGCGUCGGCAGGUUCUAGGCGUUUCGAGCUCCCGACAGGAUGAUCGAGGUGGUUUGCAACGACCGUCUGGGGAAGAAGGUCCGCGUGAAGUGCAACACCGAUGACACCAUCGGGGACCUUAAGAAGCUCAUCGCAGCCCAAACUGGUACCCGUUGGAACAAGAUCGUACUAAAGAAGUGGUACACGAUUUUUAAGGACCACGUUUCUCUGGGGGACUAUGAAAUCCACGAUGGGAUGAACCUGGAGCUUUAUUACCAAUAGAGCAGAAUUCCUUACCCCUGUCCUGCCCUCCCCUCUCGUCACCCCCUACUUCUCCCACCGUCACCCCCCACACUGGUAUGGAUGCUUGUUUUUAAAAAGUCAUGUUAAUAAAAACUUAGAAGCAGC